AUGCAGCCGCUCCUUAACAGACAUCAUCGUUCAGAACAAUCAGGUUUCAUUGCAGGGCAGUUAACAAUCAACACUGUCCUUACCCGCUGGCUUCUGGCUGAGCCUCAUCAAGAAUUUAACUGCCUGCUUCCUGUGGUGUACAUCAACCUCAAAGCUGCUUUUGAUUCGGCUGACAAGGCUGCAUUUUGUUUUGCUGCAUCUGGCAGAACAACAGAGCCGCCAGCAAUUAUGGGCCAGGCGCAGGUGCAGCAACAGCUCAUGGAGAAGCUGGUGAGUCCCCUGGUUUGGGGUGAUAACCCUGUGGAGGGUUUGGGACUAUGCAAAAUGGGCCUGUUGGAUGACUCUGAUGCCUUUUUGUUACCAUUUGAGAGGGUGGCAUCAGAAGCGGGCUGGGAGAAGAGGAAUAUCUUUUUGCACAUUCUGGAUAUGUCUAAUCCCAAGGGAAUUUGGGAGUUCGCUGAAAAAUUCAAGACUGAACAUAAGUUAAAUGUCUUGAUCAACAAUGCAGGCUGCAUGGUAAACAAGAGAGAACUAACAGAGGAUGGACUUGAAAAGAACUUUGCUACAAAUACCUUGGGUACAUACAUUCUCACAACUGCUCUACUGCCUUUGUUGGAAAAAGAAGAUGAUCCCAGAGUUAUAAUUGUCUCUUCAGGAGGGAUGUUGGUGCAGAAAUUAGAUGUAUCUGAUUUGCAGUCUGAAAACAUAACAUUUGAUGGUACUAUGGUCUAUGCCCAAAACAAGAGACAGCAAGUAGUCUUGACAGAACAAUGGGCUAAAGUGCACAAAAACAUCCAUUUCUCUGCCAUGCAUCCUGGCUGGGCAGAUACACCAGCGGUGAGAUCAGCGAUGCCAGAAUUCUAUGAAAAGAUGAAGAACAAACUGCGCACAGAGGCUCAGGGAGCCGAUACAGUAGUGUGGCUGGCAGUCUCACCUGCAGCAGCUAAGCAAACAAGUGGCCUGUUCUUCCAAGACCGGCAACCUGUUUCUACCCACUUGCUCCUGGCCAGAACAUAUUCUUCACCAGAGGAGGAAGAGAAGCUAAUAGAAACUUUGGAAGAGCUUUCCCAGAAAUUUAAACCCACUUGAUGAUGUCGUCUGUAGACAUUUAUCACCACCCAAUUGAACAGAAAUGAAGCUUUGAAUUAGAAUACUAGCAGAACUGUAUUACACCUGUUACAAAUAUGAGGGGAAGAGAACAAGUUUGCUACAACUAAUAUACUUAAGCAGAAUCACAGUUCACCUUUUAUAACAAGUUGUAAUGUAUACUGUUACUGCAGGCUUUUAUAAGAUAGCAUAAGCUAUUGAGCAGUUGAAUAUGAAUUCAGAUUUUGCUCCCCUGAAGUCCUACCUCUGUCAUGUCAUACAUGGGAGUACAUGCACCUUGCUUCAAGUAUGUAAAGGAAACAGCAGAGAGAGGUAUUUCAGCAUUGGGUUGCUCAUAUGUGCCUUUAACAAACAGGUUCUAGCCUAGUACCAUUACUAAUUAGUGACUGCCCCAUAAACCUGUGUGGCUACAAUCAGUUAGUUAGUGCUUGGUUAGACUUUACCUCUACUAUUUAGGUUUUGCUAGUGUCAGUAUUCUCCCCUUGCACUCACAACUCAACCACUGCUUUAUACCAGUAGAGGACUGUGCUG